AUGACAGAGCCACGUAUGCGCCUGCGGCAAAAAGGCCAGCAGUUCCCUACGCAAGACUUAGAAGCCUUCCUCCUCGCCUUCGGCGACAACGACUACCCCCUCCCCGAAACCAUGCGCGUCCUCGACGAAAUCAUAACCGACUACAUCAUCGAAACCUGCCACGAAGCCGCGUCCGUCGCACACCACGCACGCCGCGCCAAAAUCAAGCUCGACGACUUUAAAUUCAUGCUAAGGCGGGAUACGGGGAAGUUGGGUAGGGUGUCAGAGAUGCUGGAGACGGAUAAGGAGUUGAAGCGGAAGAGGAAGGCGUUUGAUACUGAUGAGGGGGCGGUGCUGGUGGAGAAGGAUGGGGAGGGUAAUAAUGGGGGGGAAGGUGGUGGUGGUGGAAGGGAAGGAGGGGGAAAGUUGGGGAGGCCGAGGAAGAAGGUUGAGGGUGGGGAGGGGGAUGGAGGAGGGGAGGAACCGAAGAAGAAGAAAAAGAAGAAGAAGGUUGAUGGGGGUGGGGAUGAUGCUAGUACUGUGCGGAGUGGAUGA